AUGGCGAAAACAGUCGAUCAGCUUACGAAAGCGAUCAACACAAAGCUGCAGACCCUUAAACUAACCCAAGGACAGGCAAUCACCGCGAUCGGAAAUAAAGCGGUCAUAUCAAUGGCGAGAAUACAAAACACCUUAAAGAAGAAAGUUGAAGAAGUCCACGCUCUGAAAACUGAAAUACAAAAACUGAUGUUUGAGGCAGAAAAGGAAGAACACGAGAUCGUGAAACAGAGCACAGAAAUCGAAGAACGUGUUCGUGUGUUUGAGGCGACAAUCGACCAGCUCGACGUGACGAUCAAGGAAUGCAAACGCGUCGAAGCGCAAACAGAAGAGAAAGAAAAGGAGGAGCAUGACGCACAGCUCAGGGAGGAAAAGUACGACGAGGAAAUGCGGUUCGAAAAAGCCAAGCUGGAGCAAAAGCAAAAAUACGAGAAGAAAAUUGAAGAGAAAAAGGAGCAAAACAUCAACGCCAAGUUGCCAAAACUUAUCAUCACUCAGUUUAAAGGCACACCCGCCGACUGGGUGCGGUUCUGGGGUCAGUUCACAGCGGAAAUUGAUGCAGCAGAUAUUUCACAAAUCACAAAGUUCUCCUAUCUUAAGGAGCUUUUGGAGCCGCAAGUUCGACCGUCCAUAGAUGGUCUCCCGUUGACCACAGAAGGCUACGAACGAGCAAAGAAUAUUUUGAAGUUAAAAUUCGGGAAAGAAAGCGAAAUCGUAAAUGCUUAUGUUGACGGCAUCAUGUCACUUCCUUCGAUUUAUGGAGCAAACCCAAACAAGGUGUCGCAGUUUUAUGAAAAAUUAUGCUCAAAUGUUCAAGCACUUGAAACGAUGGGCAAACUCGGGGAGGUGAAUGGCUACGUAAGGAUGACACUGAACAAGCUAGAAGGAAUUCGAGGAGACUUGAUGAGAACCGAUGAUGACUGGCAAGAAUGGAGAUUCCCGCAGCUUGUUGAGGUAUUACGAAAGUGGACUAUCAGAAACCCGCCCAAACACAGUGAAGAGAGACAAAUCCAAGACAAGCCGCCACCGUUCAAGCCUGUGAAACCUUUUUUACCGAAGAACAGAAGUUACCAAACACGCCAAGGGGAACCAAAAAGAAGACCGUGCUUUUACUGCGAAAGUGUAAACCAUCAGUCCGUCAACUGCGACAAAGUGACCACAGUACAAGAGCGCAGAAGGGAGUUGAAUCGUAAACAGUUGUGCUUCAACUACACCGGCGCAAAUCACAAGGCCUCAGAGUGUCGCUGUUCUGCGUGCUGCAAGUUUUGCAACCGAAGACAACACUCGUCAAUUUGUCCCGAGAAGAUACCUCAACAAUCGCCGAAGCCUAUGUUGGUAGCUACUGGGAAAGGAUCCGUCACUUAUCCGGUGGUCAUAGUGAGUGUGGGUGGAAUCCAUUGCCGCGCGCUGUUAGACACUGGUGCUGGGAGCUCCUACGCAUCUGCGGCCUUGCUCGAUCGCGUUGGGAAACAGCCAGUUCGAAGAGAGUUCAAACGCAUCGAAAUGAUGAUGCAAGCGAGCAACAGAGAGAUCGAAAUUUACAAUGUUGUUAUCAGCAAUUUGACGGGGGAAUUUCCGCUUCGAACCGAAGUGACUAAGGUGGACCGCGGAACGCUACUCAGUUUGGAAACCCUCGGUACAAGGAGCUGGUGGAAAGAUACGAUCACCUGA